GCAUAGCUCAUGAGUGGAGAGGACAGUGAGGUUGAAGGACUAAACCAGGGAGAUAUGAGACUUGCCAGUAGACUUGCACGCCACUGGCCGACCACUUUCUUGGUGUUGGAAUCAGGAGAGGAAAGGAAACUGCGGAGAGAAGCUAGAGAGAGGGGCACAUUGCAGAGGGUCAAGGCAGCAGCAGCCAACGCUGAGAGGGCACUAGCAGCAGCCGCAGCAGCAGAAGCUAGAGCCGCAGUAGAGGCAGCCAUCACUACCGCCUCUGCUAUGUCACAGGCCUCUUCCCAGGCCACUUCGUCAGUUACUAGCUCAGCCACACGUGUAGCAGCCUUUGCAACAAGGUCCGCUGCAACAGCUGGUACCGCAGCAGCAAGCGUCGCUGCAGCAACAAGUGCCGCCGCAGCAGCCUGUUGCAUCGCUCAACCGAUGCAGCAGGCACAGGGUGCUGUGCGGCCCAUGCAGUGGACACCCCAGGCACCCUUGUUUAGUCCUAAACCGUUCUCUGGCGACAGGAAGGACAAGGUCCUGGAUACGAGGGUGAGGACUUUGCCUACAGCAGCAGGUACCGCAGCGGCAGCAAGUGCCGCUGCAGCAACAAGCUUCGCCGCAUCAGCCUGUUCCAUUGGUUCUCAACCGAGGCAGCAGGCACAGGGUGCUGUACAGCCCAUGCAGUGGACACCCAAGAUACCCUUGUUGAGUUCUAAACCCUUCUCUGGCGACAAGAAGAAGGAUGAGGACAUGGAUAUCUGGGUGAAGACUGUGCCUAUAUGCAGUCGCGAGAAGGUGCUAAGGGAGGAGGAGAACACAAGAGGGGCAUUAAGGGUACCUCACGUGUUCCAGGCCUUAGAUUCGGGAGAAGAAAGACGGCUACGUAGAGCCCGUGCGCUAGCAGCGGGGAUAGCAGCAGCAAACCCAGCAGUUAGAGAGCAGGCAACAACGACCAGAGCAGCAGCGAUGGCUAAUGGCGCAAGCUCUGCUCCGUCAUCAUCUGCGUCCUCGUCAGGUACUAAUGGGGGCCCGUUGGGAAUGCCAACGAGUUCCACAAGUUCCUCAGGCACUUCCGGUUCCACAGGUUCUAGACAGUCUUCUAGUCAAAUGGCGGGCUCGCAGCUCAGCCCGUUGACCCCGCGUCAGAGGGAGCUCAGAGAGAUCCAGCACGUCGAGAUGCUCCGCCGUAAGUUAGAGCAGGACCUGAAAGAAGCUACCGAUAGAGAAAAUGCGAUGAAAACUAGAGCAGCCAGGCUUGAAUCUUUAGAGGCUGACAAGGCUGAGUUAGAGGGCUUGGAUGAGUCAGCAUUGACUGACCCGCUCAAAGUAUUGAAGAAGAAUAUGUUGUCAUUGCACGCACACGUGGACAACAAAUUAGACUUCAUGCAGAGCAUUCUAGACCAGAUCGUGGAUGCAUUGACAAAGCCAGGAUUCCGGCCACCAGCACAAUCGUCGUUGCCGUUAUCGGCGAUGUCAGGCCCCUUUCCAGUCCAAGCUGGUACACAGCCAAGUGAGAACAUUAGGAACUUGCUAGCCAGCGAGGCACGCACUGAGUACCACUCGUUUGAGACACUGUCUAGGAAAGCCUUAGACUUGGAGGCCACGCUAGGCAAUGCUCAACCCACCUCAGGGAAUGACUUAAAGAAGAAGAAGAGUCCUCAGGAGUGGAAGAAGAAGGGGGCGAAGUUGAUGAUGGUUGAGUCUGAUAGGACUCAAACUGAGAUCGAUGAGCUCUCUGACCUGAUGGACUACUCAGAGUAUGACGGCGAGGAGGUAGCUGAGGGUAGCACCCUUGUCGCGGUAGUUAAGACUAAGGCGGCCGACCGAGGGAAGGGCCAGCCUAGGGGUCAAGGGAAGGCCGCCUCCAAUCAGACUAAGCAGGCUGAGUGGGUAAAGGCAUGUCUAGAACAAGACGUGUGGCGUGACCGCCGAACGCAUGGUGCUUGUAUCAACUGCGGGGAGUACGAACAUUCGCAAUACAAGUGCCAGAACGCAAAGGUUACGCAAAAGCACGCUAUGAAUCGGAUCUUCCAUGACCAUUUAGAUAAGUUUGUCGUGGUGUACUUAGACGACAUUCUGAUCUUUAUUAAGUCUGCCGAGGAGCACGCAAAGCAUGUUGAGACAGUUCUCUCACUCCUGCGACAGCACAGGUAUAAGGUCAACUUAGAGAAGUGUGAGUUCGGUCGCACUAAGAUACUAUACUUGGGUCAUGAAGUAUCCGAGGAGGGAAUUAGGCCGGAAGAUGCGAAGGUGGCUAGUAUCCGAGAUUGGCCACGACCUCAGACUGUCACUGAGGUCAGAUCUUUCUUAGGAAUGUGCGGCUACUAUAGGAACUUUGUUAAGAACUAUUCUACAGUCGCCUCUCCUUUGACAGAUGUAACUCGACUUGACACGCCGUGGGACUGGAGUGAUGAGUGCGAGGGUGCUUUCAAGAAAUUGAAGUAUGCACUUAUGAAUCACGAGGUUCUCAUGGUUCCUGAUCCGCAGAAGCCAUUCAUAGUAACCACUGACGCAAGCCAAUUCGGCAUUGGCGCAGUGCUGGCUCAGCAGGAUGGGAAAAAGUUGAGACCGAUUGAGUACAUGAGUAAGAAGAUGCCAUCGAAGAAGUUGGCUAAGUCCACCUACGAAAGGGAACUCUAUGCUCUCUAUAAGGCACUUGUCCAUUGGAGACACUUCCUUUUGGGAAGGUUCUUCUAUCUGAGGAUUGAUCAUCAGACCCUCAAAUGGAUCAAGACUCAUCCGGCUCUUUCUGAUGCACUCAAGCGAUGGAUUGAGGUCAUAGAGCAAUAUGACUUCAAGCUUGAGUACCUGAAGGGAGAGUACAACAAGGUUGCAGACGCACUAUCCCGUAGAGCAGACUGCCUAGGUGUGCUAGUUUCUGACUUUGGCGUAUCUAAUGAAGUAACUCAAUCAUUGGUGGGAGCCUAUCAGGAAGACCUUGUCACGAUGGACUUCAUCCGCAAACUUCAGGCAAAAGACAAGGCCACAGAAAGAUCGAGUGUUUCCAUGGAUUUCAUGGACACCCUAGUGACCAGCAAGAGUGGUAAGAGGCGCAUUUUCGUCAUCAUCGACCGAUUCACCAAGUACGCUAGACUAAUACCAAUGCCAGAGACAACCAGGACAAAAUACGUUAUCAAGUUGUUCAAGGACAACUGGGUGCGGGACUUCGGUUUACCAAAGACUAUCGUUAGUGAUAGAGACGUCCGAUUCACAAGUGAGCUAUGGAAGAAGACUGCGGAACAAAUGGGCAGUCAACUUCAGAUGACUUCAGGGAAUCAUCCCGAAGCCAACGGACAAGCCGAACAGAUGAAUAGAGUUGUACAGCACUUGCUGAGGCAUUACAUCAAGCCCAACCAAAAUGAUUGGGAUGAGCAGUUGCCACUCAUCGCCAGUUUGUACAACAAUGUUGUGCAUAGCAGCACUGGUGUGAGUCCUAACCAGCUACACUUGGGAUGGAAGCCUAGAUCCGCGUUAGACUUCCUCCUACCUGAAAACCGACCUGCUGCAACCCCAGACACACUGGAAUAUGGUGUGCAGUAUGAAAAGUUGAUGCAAGCUGUCGAGCACAUAAAGAAAGCUCAGCAAGCAAUGAUUGCUUCUGAGAAUGAACAUCGUAGACAGUCCACAUUUCAGCAAUUGCAACUGCGAGAAUUGGAUGCGGUGCUUCCACAGUCCACACCCAAGCAGGUCCUGCUCGGUCUGUUGAGAUGGCCACUUAUCGUAGGCAACACCUGCUUGGAUCUGCUCCUCAACUCAAAAUUUCCCCUCAAGCCAAACACUUACUGGCCUCUUGUGCCAUUCUAUAGUAGUCUGCUCCAGCGAACGGACUAUGAAAUGCUGCUUGCACUGGAUGAACAAAAUGAUGAUGAACGUCGGAGGGGAGGGGCUUCAAGGAGAUGUAUUAAUCAGUUACCAACGAACACUGUUCAGGUAUUCUACACUAGAGGCAGCAAAGGUGCAUUUGUUGAGCGUGGCGUAGAAGUUUUGCUCUUUGGGGAUGGAGAGGACUUGGCAAAGGUGUUGAAGGUGGGACUCGAAGGUGGGGUUAUAAACAAGGAUAUUGUCGAGGUAUACGACGACACAAACUUCAAGGAGGCUGCAAAAGAUGUGGUUCAUGGUGGAUUGGAAUGUGGCGGGGGCGUUGUAGGGGGUGGGGUGCUUGUGACGACCGCGAUGGCGGGGGUGCUACCUUCGAUGGCGGUGACGCGACGGGAGAUGUCGGCGACGGUGGCUUUGAUGUCACUGAUGGAUGAGUGGAUGGAUGCCAUAAUGUGGAGGAGUGUCGCAAGAUCGGGGGCGGCAAUGGGUCCCGCUGGUGACGUCAACAACUUCCUAGAACUACGAGCAGAUCUCGGCCAAUGCCGUUCGCCUCAAGCACCAGCCGUGCACAUAAGCUAUACAGUCAUGCUUCAUUUCAAUCCACGUAUAGGAAAGUAAGAGGUUAGCAUACGUCUUCCUCCAACCGAAAUGUCCCUCAGUAUCGUGGCAUUCCUCUAGGAUUAGACUGUGAAUCCCCUCAGUGUUCGGUAUGCAUAGUCUGUCGUGCAUAUCCGUCUUCUCAAACAACAGUCCUUGGGCCAUCCUACAGUCUGGAACUUCGUGUGGUGUCGUCUACGCCUUGUUAAUCAAUUGACUAUAGACAG